UUCGCGAUGGUGCGGAACUGUCAAAUUUGACGUUCGCGAGCAAAGAUUCACCAACACAGCAAACGGGCAAACAUUAUUUACAUUUUCCUCCGCUGUAGUGAAAAUGGACGGAACCCUAGAAGAUUUGUUAUCGUUCAAAGAGUUUCCGCUGAUGAACGAAGCCAGCGGAAGCGGAAGUGCACAAAUCAACAUCAAUUCACCGCAACGAUCAUUCCACAGUCCCGACGACCCGUCGUCGUCAGCAGACCAGGAUGGAAUUCCGACGGGCACUACCACAACAAAGCCAGGCGGCUCGAUUUUCAGCCUCGAGUACUAUCAACAGUUUUUCAACGUGGACACCAUGAUCGUGGUGGACCGGAUUGCCACCUCGAUGAUUCCGAAACGGGCGCCCGUAAACUACCUGAAGCUGAACAUUGCCACGAAUCCGGAUCUGUAUGGACCGAUCUGGAUUGUGCUGACGUUGAUUUUCACCAUCGCUAUUUCGGGCAACAUGGCAAGCUAUCUGCAAAAUACAGGAAAUCAUCAGUGGCGGUACAAUUUCCAUCUGGUGUCUUAUUCGGCCACCGCCAUCAUCACGUACGCGCUGCUGGUUCCCGCCGCGCUGUGGGCCUUCUUGCAGUGGAGUGUGCGUGGGAUCGAGCUAAACAUUGAGGAGGAUGAGGAGGAGCAGGUAGCGAUUGAGCCUACCACACCGAGUCUGCUAUCGCUGGUCUGCGUUUAUGGCUACUCGCUAGCAAUCUACAUUCCAGUGUCCGUACUCUGGACCAUACAGGUUUCACUGUUUCAGUGGCUGCUGGUCAUCACCGGUGCAUUUCUGUCCGGUUUUGCGCUGCUAACAAUCCUGAUGCCGGCGGUGAGAAAGUCAAGGUAUUCGAUUCUCAUCGUGCUCGCGAUCGAACUGGCACAUUUUGCACUGGCAGCCGGCUUUAUGCUCUACUUCUUCCACGCACCGGAUGUAGAAACGCCUGCGGAGGUAACGCCAUCGCUGCACAAAGUCACCUCCAGCGUGGUAGUCAAUGCGACGAUGCACAGCAAGAGUGCUUAAUGUGUGGAUUCACGUUGUGCUUAGGAUAAUAUGCUGAUUGUUGGAAUGCUUACAAAAAAUUAGAUAUUCAAGAUGUAAUUAAAUAAAUUGCUUAUGCAUAAGACGCUCCUACCGACGAA